AAUCUUAGCGCACAGCACAAGAUGGCAAGUGAUGAAAUCUCAAGCAAUAGACAUAAACCCAGCACAACAUGACCACUGCGAAAAUCCAACGAGUAUACGGAGAGAGCAGUCACUAUUAUCAUGGCAACCCAAAACCAGAAACACGCCAAACGCGGUAGAACGGACAAGAAUCGAAUCACAAAGAAACGGCUCCAUGUGAAAAUAGUCAAAAUGGCGAGAAUUGUGCUGGACAUUUCGAGAAGCGUUCCACCAAGGUCAAUAUCGUCUUGUACAUCUUGAGAAAAGAUCUCUCUUUCGCAGUUAUCGAUAGUUCGAUUUUUGUCGAUGCACACUAGCGAAGGGAUGAGAAAUAAGAGUGUUAGGCUUAUUCUACUCAUGAAUAGCAACGCAAAUAAUACACCGAGUGAUAAAAGUACUGCCGCCAUGACGAGUUGACGACUACAGCUGUACACAUAACAUUGUCUACACAAGUAACAAUAAAUACUUCACGUCAUAGACAUUCGAAACCAUCACAUGAUUUCUCGGAAUUCCCACUUUCCUAGUCGUCACGCCGUCACGCAACACGAAGUUCCACCGAGCAAGCAAGGAUGAUUAGAGUUCUCGGUAUCUUCCAGCUCUUUUUGGUGAUAGUCAGAAUUAUACUUGAUGUUCUAAACUACGUUCCAGCAGGAAAAUGUGUGUAUCACUCUCUGCCAGUUGAAAAAUGCGGCCAUACGAAUCUGCUUCCUCCAAAACUGAGCGCAAACCUGAACACCUAUGGUGCAAUCUUGGAGGCCGUGAACACUUUCGCUUUACUCUUGGUGAUAUUGCGAUGGAAGUUAUUCCACGGCAAGAACUUUUUCUGUGCUAUAUUACGCAUUGGACAUUUCUGGGUGUGGUUCUUACUGUGUUUUACGUACAUCAUUUCUGUGCUCUAUGUGGACUUGAUAGAAACAAAGACAGACCAGAAUGUUCGAUUAUCCGCUCUUGGAAUCGGACUCAUAUUUGAAACUUUUCUUCUCACAUUUUUUGCCUCGGCUAUUAAUUUCAUCGCACGAGAGACCUAUCUCCGCUGGGUAGAAAGCAGGUUUCCUUGUCAAGACAAGUGGCAGCGGUUGUUCUGUGCGCUGUAUCGACUGGUUCUUGUGUCCUAUUUAGCGCGUAAUCUUGGCAUGUUUCUGUACGACACGGCCUUGGUGGCGUUAAGUAUCUCGGUGGUCAAAGGCCAACACAUCGAUGGGAAGAAUGGCUGGGACAGCCUAUUGCUUGUGCUUAACGUUGCCUUUCGAGGAAGCUUCGUCAAAUUUUUCUUUGCGAAGAUCUUCCAAGGCCAACAUCUACCACAGGUGUGUGAAAACGUCCUGGAGCAAGAGUAUCAUCACACAAAACGAUCAGCAGAAUACAGGGUCAUAGAUGCCACCCGGGAGCCUUCCAUAAUCAACGCUAAUGCUAUAUACUACGGGGGGCUCUGAGACGAAUAUACUGCCAGAUGGCUUAUCCCAUCACCAACGCUAAAGCCAUGAACUACGGGGGACUCUGAGACGUGCACACGUCCAGAUGGCUUAUCCCAUAAUCAAUGCUAAUGCAAUGUACUACGGGGGACUCUGAGACGUGCACACAUCCAGAUGGCAUACCCCAUAACCAACGCUUAAGCCAUGUAAUACGGGGGACCUCUGACACGAAUACCAACUCAAUCAAACUGAACAUUCGUGACACAGGACAACCUAGAUUACCCUCCCAACAACGCCAAAGCUAUGUACUGUUGGGGAUUCUGAGACAUACACCGCCUGUAAUACGCCAUGUAAUACGGGGGACCUCUGACACGAAAACACUAAUGCCAUGUUGUAAUGUAAUUAUUUUCUGCUGUUGUCUUUUAUUAUUAUUUUUCGUCCUUUGCAAAAAACUUCAAAGUACUACUAGCUAUCAAUUUUUCCACCCUAGUGUUGCUGCAAGUUAUUGUGCAAUAAAAGUUAUACUUUCAAAAA